UCUCUCUGUCUCUCUCUGACUCUGUAACUCUGUCUGUCUCAACUCGCCGACUUCCCAUCCCAAAGCGCGAUAUCAACGCCAGGCUCCACGACUCGAACCAUGACUUGCUACCUGCUGGGUCUGCUCCUCGUGGCGAUGAUGUUCGUGAGCGGAGGGCAAAGCCUCAAAUGCUUCGAGUGCAGCCCGACCAUCAACAAAACGGCGUGCAACGAGCGCGGCCCCAUCACGUGUUUCGACGCCUCGCUCGACACCUGCGGGACAAUUCUCCUCUACAAGGGCUCCUCCUACGUCCUCCUCAAGCAAUGCCUCCCCAAGACCUUUUGCGACACCGUCAAAGUUUUCGACGGCACCUACAGCGGAGUCACGCUGACCACCACGUGCUGCCAGAGUGACGGUUGCAACGUCAACGCCGCCCCUCGACCUCUGGGCGCAGCUCACGUGACCCUGGCCCUGCUGGGCGUGGCCUCCAGCGUCGUGGUCAGCAGGGCUCUGGUGUAGGUCGUGACGUCACAGCCGCACCCCCCCCACCCACGACUCAUCACACAGAGACCCAUAGACUCACCACGCAGAGACCCAUAGACUCACCACGCAGAGACCCACAGACUCACCGCGCAGAGAUAGACUCACUACACAGAGACC